UUGACACCAAGACUCAAUUUUCAUCCUAGAUUUCAAUCAUUUAAUUCUUCGUUUUAGAAAAGAGCAUUGAGUUUGUAGGGAGUUUUUAGAGCCUUGUAGGUAAGAUUGAACCAUUUUUUAUUGUCAUGGACUAGUAUGAUAACAAUGAAAAAAAUAGGAUCAAAUUGUUCAUAUGUAAAAAUUUUAUGAUCAUAGCGCUAUAUAAAUAGUAAUUUGGGACACAACAGUACGGAAACGAGGUUUUAGAAGGGUUUAAAGUCGCAUUUGAAGACGUUUGUCAGUGCCAACUCAAAAAACCUCUCCCAUUUACUAAAAUCGAUUAAUUUUUGAACUCCAUUCAAUUUAUAUCUUGAAACAAUUAAUGUACAGCAGCAAACCUGAGCUUUCUUUGAGCAUCAAAAUUGAUCAGACAAAAUUUCCACUCGGUAAGCCUGCAGUUUUUGUUCUAAACCAACCGAACAAUUCCUCAGUUAUGUUUAGAGUAAUUGUUAAACAAGCUACUUCAAAAACCGCAGCAAAGCUUUCUCUCAACCCCCGAUCAUUUUCUCGCACCUGCAGCUUCCUUGGAUUCUCCCAAGAUUCGACUUUCCCGGAGAAAUUUAAGGUUAGGCCCCUUUUUUAUUUUAAUUCUAGCUCCAGUAUUUGUAAUCCUGAACUGGGUCUUCGCAAAAUUGGCGAAGUUUUUACCCGGGACGAAGUCGUGGGCAGGCCUAUUUUCAGCGCUGUGAGAAGCCAAGUAAACAGUUAUGGAUUGUGCCCAAAAGGUUAUGCCUCUGUGGCAGAGGCUGUGGCGGUAUCACCCACUGACGUGGAGGAUGAUUAUUAUGAUGUUAACCUUUCCGUGGCUGAUGAGGUUCAGGAAUUGUUAACCGAGAUGAAAAAGGUGGAGAGGAAACAGUAUUGUAUGCGCUGGAGGCAGCAGAGCGAUCAUGGAAUGGGGAAACAGAAGUACCAAGCGCUUAGGAGGAGGCAGGCUAGGAUCGAGACUGAAGCGUGGGAGCAAGCGGCUAAAGAGUAUAAGGAGCUUUUAAUGGAUAUGUGUGAGCAGAAAUUGGCUCCAAAUUUGCCUUACAUGAAGUCUUUAUUUUUGGGAUGGUUUGAGCCGUUGCGUGAUAAGAUUGCUGCAGAGCAGGAGUUCAUUCGGAAAGGGAAGAGUAAGGCGGCCUAUGGCAAGUAUUUUGAUCACUUGCCAGCUGACAUGAUGGCUAUUAUUACAAUGCAUAAGCUAAUGGGAUUGUUGAUGACCGGAGGUGAGCAUGGGUGUGCAAGGGUAGUUCAGGCUGCUUGCAUGAUAGGUGAUGCAAUUGAGCAGGAGGUUAGAAUACACAAAUUCUUGAAGAAAACGGAGACAAACAAAGUUAGAGAGACAAAAAAGGAAGGAGGUGGAUCUGAUGGCAAUGACCAAGAACAAGAAAAGUUGCGAAAGGCUGUUAAUAAUUUGAUGAAAAAACAAAAGCUGCGAGCAGUGAGGCAACUAGUUAAAGGACAGGAUGAUUCAAAACCAUGGGGCACUGAUGCUAAAGCAAAGGUUGGCAGUCGACUCAUUGAAUUGCUGCUUCAAACAGCCUAUAUACAGCCUCCAGUCGAUCAGUUAGCGGACAGUCCACCUGAUAUUCGACCUGCAUUUAUACACACUUGUAUAACUGUACGGAAAGAAACAAAGUCUUCAACAGUGCUUAUUAGCUUCUCUUUGUGCAGGAACUUUAGCAGAAGAUAUGGUGUUAUCCAAUGCGAUCCACUUGUUACUAAAGGCCUUGAAAGAACUGCCAGGCACACGGUCAUCCCUUAUAUGCCAAUGUUAGUGCCUCCAGUGAAGUGGACUAGUUAUGAUAGGGGUGCACACUUAUAUUUGCCUUCAUAUGUCAUGCGCACACAUGGAGCAAGACAACAACGUGAAGCAGUUAAGAGGGCCCCUAGGAAACAGUUAGAACCGGUCUUUGAGGCUUUGGAUACACUUGGAAGCACCAAAUGGAGAGUGAAUAAGAGAGUACUUUGGAUCAUUGACCGAAUAUGGGCUAGUGGAGGUUGCCUUGGGGACUUGGUUGACCGGAAUGAUAUCCCUCUGCCAGAGCAGCCGGAUACAGAAGAUGAAGCAGUACUUAAGAAAUGGAAGUGGAAAGUUAAAUCUAUCAAGAAAGAGAAUAGAGAGAGGCAUUCACAACGAUGUGAUAUAGAGCUCAAACUUGCUGUUGCACGGAGAAUGAAGGAGGAAGAAGGUUUCUUUUACCCACACAACCUUGAUUUCCGUGGUAGGGCAUACCCCAUGCAUCCACAUUUAAACCAUCUGGGUUCCGAUAUCUGUCGGGGAAUCCUGGAGUUUGCAGAGGGACGUCCGCUUGGGAAAUUAGGCUUGCACUGGCUUAAGAUACACUUGGCAAAUUUGUUUGCCAAUGGUGUGGACAAAUUAUCUCACGAGGGUCGAAUCUCUUUUAUUGAGAACCACUUGGAUGAUAUAUUUGAUUCUGCAGACAGGCCACUUGAAGGGAAGUGCUGGUGGUUGAAUGCAGAAGAUCCAUUUCAGUGUUUGGCUGUAUGCAUUAAUCUUUCUGAAGCCUUGAGAAGUCCAUCUCCAGAGACAACAAUUUCGCAUAUCCCUGUGCAUCAGGAUGGUUCCUGCAAUGGUUUACAGCACUAUGCUGCUCUUGGUAGAGAUAAGUUGGGAGCAGCGACUGUUAACUUGGUUGCUGGAGAAAAACCUGGUGAUGUUUACUCAGGAAUAGCUGCCAGAGUUCUCGAGAUUAUGAAGAGUGAUGCACAGAAGGAUCCUGCAGUAUUUCCAGAUGCUUUGCGAGCAAGAGCUUUAGUCAGUCAGGUAGACAGGAAGUUGGUGAAACAGACAGUGAUGACAUCUGUAUAUGGUGUCACUUAUAUUGGGGCUAGAGAUCAGAUAAAGAGAAGAUUAAAGGAACGUGAUGCCAUUGCAGAUGAUACAGAGCUCUUUAGUGCUGCUUGUUAUGCAGCAAAAGUAAGGCUCAACUUUAGCCCAAUUACAUUUUCUACUACCUUAACUGCACUCGGGCAGAUGUUUGAAUCUGCACGCAGCAUCAUGAGCUGGCUUGGAGAAUGUGCUAAGAUUAUUGCAUCUGAAAACCAGCCAGUUCAAUGGACAACUCCCCUGGGACUCCCCGUUGUCCAGCCUUACCGGAAAGUAGGAAGGCAUCUGGUUAAGACUUCUCUUCAGAUUUUGACGCUGAGGCGUGAAACAGAAAAGAUAAUGGUCAAGAGGCAAAGGACAGCUUUUCCGCCAAAUUUUGUUCAUUCCCUCGAUGGUUCACAUAUGAUGAUGACUGCAGUUGCAUGCAAAAAAGCAGGCUUGAAUUUUGCAGGUGUUCAUGAUUCAUAUUGGACACAUGCAUGUGAUGUGGAUAAAAUGAACAGGAUAUUGAGAGAGAAGUUCGUUGAGUUAUACGAAGCACCCAUUCUAGAGAAUUUGUUGGAGAGUUUUGAGCAGUCCUUCCCUUCGUUGUCUUUCCCUCCAUUACCAGAAAGAGGGGACUUUGAUCUGAAAGAUGUUUUGGAGUCACCUUAUUUCUUCAACUAAAUGAACUCGAGGUUUUUGUUGCCUAGAUGAUAUAUCUCGACAUCCAUUUGCCUCGAGUAAAUGAAAUGGUGACAAAUGGGCUUCAUCCUCAGUGAUAAAGGUUGUAUGUACAUAAUACUGACCGGCCUUCCUGUUCAUUCUUCAUCUUUAAACCCCGGAGUUUUGUACAGUCAUCAAAGAGGUUCUACAUCAAAGGCAAUGCGGAAUCUUUUCUCAUGCCUCGAACUAUGAGAUAGACAAUACGGGGUCUAUUUUGUUUGGAGGAAGUUCGGGGAUACAUGAUACUUUUUUCUGUCGAGAUUUCGAGCUUUGCUAGUAGGUGGGUGGAUAUUGUAUGUGAUGUUAUUUAGCUGAACACGAGCUACAGUGCAAUGCUUGCCAAAAUCUUCUAGUUUAGUGGAUUAACAUUUAUAUAUUUUUACCUGUACUAACAAAUUUGAAGUCGAAAUAGAAAAUCGUAGAACGAAAAGUUCAAAAUAUAUUAUU